ACGAAGUGACAGUUCAGAAGGAACCAGCUCCAUGCUGUUCGACUGGAAGAGAAAGACACCGAGAGCGAAGCAAAUACCUGAUCUCAUCAAGGCACUGAAUGAAUCUGGAUUUGCGGAAUUAGUUGAUGAUUUCUUCCCAUCUGGACAUGCUGGAGGUGUCGCAACCCCUGAAGUGAAUGCAGGAAACCCGUCUACUGCAGCUUCGAAUGCGGACAAAGCACUGUCAACGAAGAGAAAGGUUACACCAGGAGAAAUAAUCAAGCUAUCCAAACUCCUACCUCACGGGAAGUACAACGAGCUAGGUGUACAUUUGGGUUUUGACUUCAACUACAUGCAGACGAAAUUGAAGAAACAUUUAAAUGACACAAACGAAGCAAUUGAACAUAUAUUAAAUGAAUGGGCUGAUAAACGUGAAGGUGGAUUUAUUGACGAUCUAGAUAGAGCUCUGGAUAUGGCAGAAGUGGGAGCUCUCAUUGAUAAAUAUAAAAAGUAAUUAGCACGAUAUUCGUGAACAAUUUGCAACAAGUUAGUUUGACACUACGUCUGAGGAAAAGAUGUUAAAGGAGAUAUAAUUUGCACUAU